AUCCAGUUUUGUUUACCAGCAGUUAAGGCAACAAUUAAAAAAUAAGUAAAACAGUAUUUGUUGCAAAAGCUUGUAGCUUAAUUUUGAAUGUGUUAACAAAUAGUAUUUGGCAUUACCUUCAAAUAUGUGAAAAAAGCAUUAUUAAAGUUAACAAACGAAUGAGUUUCCUAUAUUUAAUUUAAUCAAAGAGCCCUCAACCUUUUCCAGUUAACAAAUUACACUUAGCAGCCAACUAGUGCAUCGCACUCACACUCACACGUACGACCUUGCCCUAGUUUGUGUAAGUACUAUUUGUACGCCCAACCAACCCACAAAACAACAAGUGACAACGAGCCAAAUAGGCAAAUAAACAAAUACUCACACACGCUCAUUCACGCUGCUGACCACUGUGAUGGUUGAGGAAGGCGGUUGUCUCAGACAAACAGGCGCUUCACUUUCGAGCAGCAUGGUGGCCAACGCCAGCGCAGGCAACAAUGUCAAGGGCGGCAAAUAUGUGUGGACGGACCGUGAAUUGUUGAUGCACUUACAAAAUUAUACACCACUAAUCUUGCUUAUCGAUUUCGUCGAAAAGACGCGGACAAAACGUUUCUAUGAAGCAGGUGAACGCUACGAAAUACUUAUGCUGAUAUUUAUCAUGCGCAAAGGAGCACCCUUUUGUGAGAAUAAGCGUUUUCCUGAAGAGUAUUGGGUGAAUCUAUCGGUAGGGCCCAUUGCCGAAGCAUUCGACCGUUUGUCGGCCGCCAUUGAUAUACCGGAUCCACAGAUGCCCAUACAUAUGACCGUUACCGAUUUAACCAGUUGGAAGCAGAUGUUCGACGCAGCAAUGCUAGACAUACGUCGAUUUGCGUACUAUACAGAGCCGCAGCAGUUGGCCGAAAUCGGCGUUUUUAAUCGUAAUACAUUUGAGGAACGUUUCGGCCUGCAUUGGCGUAUUGAAUAGAUGGUGUAAUUGUUUGUAUUUUAUGCUUCAUACAUAUUUAUGCAGGCCUCAAAUGGUAAACUGUUGAAUUUACAUAGUUUGAUUAUUGUUCCCCUCUUUGCGACUACUUUCUUCGAUUGCUACACUUUCAUUGCGCGCUGUUACAUCCGCAUCCGGAGUGAAAAGAAUAUGCAAACAAAAAUUUAAAACUAGGAAAUUUAAACCGUGCCUUUACAACCGCAAAUUAGUGAAAGUACUAAAAUAGAUGAAGCAGGAGCGCAUCAUUCAAAUAAUCACUAUGUGUUAUAUCUAAGUAAAGGAAUUUAAAUGAGCAAUGCCUCACUUAUCAGAGAGCUCUAUAUACAUAUACAUACAUAAGUAUGUACAUGUUCUAAAAACUAUUAAUAUGUAUUUAGUGUUCAUAAACUCAUAUGUUUAUGUGUAUUUAUAUUUAUAAGUUCCGUUAAACAAUCAACUCGAAUGAAAUUAAAUACGCCCAAGGAAAAGCGAAAGUGACUGUUAAUGUGAUUGUUUUAAAUAUCAAUUAAAUAUAUAAUAUAUAAAUAUCAAUUAAAUAGUGAUGAAGUGUAAUAAUAAAUUACAUAUAUGCAAAGCAAAACU